AUGGAAAGCGAUGAAAAUCAAUUAAAACCAUGUUUAACAAAAAUUAUUAAAUUAGUUGAAGAAUGUUUACAGAAAUUCAAGUCUUCUAAUGAACAAGCAUGUCUACGAUCACAAGUUGACAUUACAAAUGAUAUUCUUUUAGAAAAUUCUCAAUUGAAUAACAAUAUCUAUACAUUUAUAUUGAAUAACGAAGAAAAUAAAUUUCUACAAGCUUUAACAUCGGAUAUUGAAACUACUCUAAAUGAGAAUCUUUCACAGUUAUCAGAAAUAUGUUCGAAUUAUCUAUUAGAUUUUCUUCAUACGUAUCAUUAUGAUUGUAAACGAAAAACAUUUACUUCAUCUUUAUCCACGGGUGUAUUACAUUCAUUUCAUCGUGAGUUGCAGGGUUUAUUAGAUUCAUUGGAAGCUUUUCCAGCUGCAUUCAAUGGUCAAUUAGAUGUAGUAAAAAGAUUUAUCAAAGAAUAUCCAACAUUUAAAGAUAAACCAGGACUAUGGGAAACAACAUUAUUAUUUUCAGCAGCACGAAAUAAUCAUUUAGAUAUUGUUGAAUACCUGAUUAGAAAAGCACGUUGUUCUGUCAACGCUUUAAAUCAACGUGAUGUUAGUUUUGCAUUAAAUAGUUCAGAAAAAACAUUUACUCCUCGAGCAACAGCAGCUUCAACAGCUCUUCAUGGAGCUUGUUUUUAUAAUCAUUUGAAUGUUGUACAAUAUUUAAUUAGACAUGGUGCUGAUUAUUUUAUUCGAAAUCAAGCAGAUGAAACUCCGAUAAAUAAUGGAGAACAACAUACUGAUAUAAAAAAAAUUUUUCAAGAUUAUCUUAUCAUGGGUUAUUCUACUGGAACUUCAGAGAGUUUACCUGAUCGACCUAUAAUGGAUGAUGAUCGACGUCCAAUAAAGGAUUGUAUGUGGGAAUAUAAACCAUUUCAAGAUCCACAGUGGCGUCCAUUUAGAGCAGCAGAAGCAACAAUAUUACACAAUACCUUAUUGCCUUCAGAAGAAUUUCAACAACAAGUUUAUUUGAAAUCACGCAGAGGCUUAUAUAGUGUAUCGAUAAUUGAAUUUGUACGAUCAGGAAGGCAUGAACAAGAUCCAAAAAGAAAUAUGGCAUGGGUUCGAUGUCGUGGUUCUAGUGUUUUAAAUUUUGAUUGUUUUUCAAUCUGGCAAAUUAUGUUAAUUAAACAUUCAAAUGUAAAAGCUGACACAGACAACAUUCCAUCCUUAAAAAUACAACAUUUUCCAGUUAUGUUUAGCAGUGUUUUUAAGCUUCAAUUAAAUAAUUGGUAUAGUUGUGAUCAUCAAACAAGUUCAUUAUUAGAUAAUGCUAUGAAUUAUCGACAAAAAAUUAUUUCAAUUGAUAUACCUUAUGUUGAUAAUAAUUUGACAUUCAAUUUAGAAACAUUUGAAUUGGUAAAUAAUGAUAUGACAAUUCACGGAUACAUUCGAUGGAUUCCAAAACUUAUAUCCAGUACUGAAGACCAAGAUAAAAAUCUUGUAUAUGUUGAUAAUUAUCAGCCUAUGGCAAGUAUACAACCGAUUCCUUUAACUACGAAACGUUUGAAAGAAGUUUUACAAAUGAACAGCACUGAUCAAGACGAACUAAACGAGAUAGAAAAUCAAGAUGAUGAAGACGAGAAUGAAAUACAGCUUGCGGCAUUAUACGAAAUUGAAAAUGAUGAUGAUUUAUCUGAUGAUGAUGAUUUUGAAAAUUCAAAUGAUAAUAAUGACGCAUCUUCGAAGAAAUCUGGCACUUGGAGUAUUAGUGAUCUUAAUGAUGAAAUUACGGCUACCCCUCAUGAGUUUGAUUUAUCAAUUCGUGUCACUACAAAUAUAUUAAUUUGUGAAGAUUCGAAAAUUUCAGAGAAUUUUUUCUGUGACACAGUUGAUGAAAUCAAGCAACCGACUCUCAUUGAACGAGCAAAUCCUACUCUAAAAGCUGAAUUAUCUGCUCCUCUUAUUUCACAACUAGCUUUAGAAAUUCAAGAAUUAAACGAUCAAAUCAACAAGGAAAAGCUAAAAGAUGACAAAGAAAAAGAAUCCAAGCAAACGAACAAAUUAUUGAAAAAAAGUCGAGAACAGUUGGACUUUUUAAUGGAUCAAAUCAUAACUAUAGAUUAUGAUAAUAUUGAAUCGAUCAUUGCCAAUACAUUUCUAGGUAGCAAAAUUCAAUAUAUUAUCGACUAUCUUAAAAUCAAACAUCCAAUUGAUACGUAUUUUGCAGAAAUACCAGAUCUCACCAUUACAGAAAACAGUAAUCCUUAUUGCAUAUCAAUGACAGGUACCCAAUUACAUCAGAAUGAAUUCAAACUUAUUCUAAAACGAAUACAAAAUUUAUCCGAUACUACAAAAGCAGCUAAAGCUUCUUAUCAACGACUAUUGAAUUCCAAAAUUGAUUCUAUUAGUUAUAUAAUGACAAAACAAAUUCGCCCUUCACAAGAUUGGAAAUAUUAUACUAAAUAUUUUCAACAAUUAUCUAAACAUAAAAUUGAAGAUUUUGCUAAAUUAUAUGAUGAUCAUAUAUUACAAAAAGCAAAACUAAUGGUAGACGAAUGUAUAACAGAUGCUGAUUUUCUAUCACAAAAUCAAUUACAAAAAUUGACUGACCUGUACAUGAAAAGAAAGCAGUUUUUACCUGAAAUAGAAAUAUUAAAAUGUGAAGCAUUAGAUGAAUAUAUAAAGCAGCAUGUUAUAUCCGAACGAUUAAAAUUUGAAAACAAACCAUCAAAAGUAUCUAUCGAAACAAUAAAUGAAUUUAUCAAAAAAGUCAAAACAGAAUUCAACACAAAUCCAAUUUAUACCGGAUGUAAUUUAGAACAGCUUAAGAAAAUUUCAAAAUUACUACAACGAAUUAUGUUAUACUAUCGAUGUUAUCUCUUACAAUUACCCUUAUAUGAAUCAUCGAAAUAUUUACUAAAUAAAAUUGAACAAAAUACAGUGAUUACAAUAGAAACAUCUGCUGGAUCUGGUAAAACAAGUUUAUUACCAGCUUUGUUGAUAGCUGAAGGCUAUGAAAAAGUCAUUGUUACUCAACCUCGUCGAUUACUUUGCACAGCAAUUUGUGAACGUGUCAACGAAACUAUGACAACAAAUAAAGACGAUAUCAGAAUUGCUGGAUGGGCUGUUCGUGGUGCUGAACGUGAUGCUAAUGCUCAAAUCUUGUAUUUAACAGAUGGUUUAUUAAAAGAGCGCCUAUUACAUGAUACAAAUUUAAUUACAAAUCAAUCAAAUAACACUAAACCUAUUGUAUUUUGUCUUGAUGAAGUUCAUGAAAGAUCGGUUAAUAUUGAUCUUUGUUUAGCAUUAUUUGCUCGUCUUCUAACAGAUAAACCUGAACUUAUGUCAAAAAUAAAAAUCAUUAUUUCAUCAGCGACAUUAAAUUCAUCUAUACCAAACUUAUAUCGUCAGAUACCUGAAUUAAAAUUUGAUGAAUUUAAAAUGCCAACAUUAGAAACAUUACAUCCUGUAAUAAAAAUUGAACGACCUAAUCAAAAUAUAUUAGAUUUAGUACAAGAACUAUGUAAAAAUAGACAAAGACAUGAUCAAAUAUUAUGUUUUGUAAGUAGUGUAUCUGAAAUAAAUCAAUGCUGUAAUCUCUUAAAAGAAAUUAGUCAUGGAACACUUACUGCUUAUCCUUUAUUUCAUUCACAAUCAGCCAUUGUUCAACAAAAGAAUAUUGAACAAGGAAGUAUAUUUUUUUCAACAAGUGUUGCUGAAACAUCUCUAACAUUUCCAUCAUUAAAAUAUGUUAUUGAUACAGGCAUGAAUAAUAUUCCUGUUUAUGAUUUUGAUAAGAAACAAAUAACUUUCAUGGAAAUUCGAGUAGCUGAAUCGACAAUUAAACAACGUUUAGGUCGACUUGGACGAACCAAACCAGGUGAAUAUUAUUCAUUAUAUGAUUUUAAAGUUGAAGAUGAAAAAUAUCCGAUACCACAAAUACGUCAAUCAGAUUUAGUGAAUAUUGAAUUUUCAUUAAGAAAAUCUUUAAUUAAAAAUGGACUUAAUUAUAUGAAAAAAUUCUUACCAGAUCCACCAGAUUCACAAGCAAUUAAUUCAGCCAUAGAAGAAUUAAAAAGACUAGGUCUUGUAGAUUCACAAGAUAAGCUAACACUAGAUGGUAUAGCCAUUUCUGAAUUGCCUGAUUUUGGUUCACUAGCUAUGUCAAAAUCUGUUCUAACAGCUUUAAAUAAACAUAAUUGUGGACGUGAUUUAAUUGUUCUUUCAUCAAUUUUAAGUGUUUUAAAUACAUCAUCAAUAUUUAAGGCAAUACCAAGUUCAAUGAAAAGACCAGAAGGUGAUUUUAUGACUUUAUUAAAUGUUAUGAAUGAAAUUCUCUUAGUAAAAAAAAGUGUAUCUGCUCAACAAUUUAAAUUAUCUGAAAUAUGUGAAGCUAAAAAGUUAACAGCAAUCAUAUAUAUAUUAAAACGAGCAUUAAAACGAUAUAUUAAUUUAGAAAAAUCAUUCAAUCUUUCGAAGGAAUAUCGUGAAAAAGCACAAAGAUCAAGUGAUGAUUGGAAAUCAAUUGCAAAAUCUUUAUUAAAAGGAUAUCAAGAAAAUGUUUUUUUAUCAAUGAAAGAAUUACGGGGAAAAACUCAUUUAUUUACACGAUACUCUUCUUCAAAAAAUGACGAGGCUGUUUUAGAUCUUCAAUCUACUCUUACACGAGCAAUAAGAUCAGCACCUGUUUCACUUGUUCUUGCACGUGAUGUUCGUUUUUCAUCGUCCGUUCGAGCUACAACUGUUUUAUCAUUUGUUGGUGAAAUUAAAUCAAAAUGGAUUAGUUAUUUUUUAAAUAGAAAAAUAACUUUGAACCAAGUUGAAAAAGAAAAAUUGACGUCUGAUAAUAUUUUAAUAACAGAAAAACAAAAUUUUCCUAAAAUUCAAAUGCAAUUGAAUAAACAUGCUGUCAAUUUAGAAGGUUCAGCAGGUUAUGUUCUUAAUGCUGAACUUGAUAUUUUACAACGAUUAGUUGAAGAAAUAAAAUAUCCUUUAAUAAAUAAAUUUAAGUCAAGUGCAAUAUCUGAUUUUGAGCGUAUGAAAACAAAUCUUGAACGUGUUUCAAAAAUGCUUUAUAUAUUUGAUCCAAUGAAAUGGCGUUGGGAAGCUCAAAAUCAAGUUAAGAUAACUGCUAAUAAUAAUACAACAAAUAAUGACUGUGAAAUAAUAAUCGAAGGACAACAUUCACAAAAUAAAUCAGUAAAAAAAGAACUUAAAUCAUUUUUAGGAUGGUUAAAAAAUUGUACUGUUAUUCGAAAUGUUAAUUCAGGUGUUCCACCACAAACUCUUAAACCAGCCAUGCGCAAAACUUGUCUUGAUAUUGAAGAGAGAAUUUCUCGUAUUACUGAUAGUAAACGAACAUCAAUUGAACUAUGGAAAAGUUUAAAAGGUUCAAAAGCAACACGUGAAACUCGAAUGGAAGUUGUUGCAUGGAUAUCUGUCUGUAAAUUUGAUUGUCGACUUGAAGGUGGUUUUGUUCGUGAUUGGGUUGUAGGAAAUUAUACAGCUCGACCAAGUGGAGAUUCAACAACUUGGUUAAAUACUGUCUCUAAUGAACCUUAUGAAACAGCUCCUACAUUGAACAAAGAACUUAUUCCAUCAGAUCUUGAUUGUCAUUUACCACAAAAUAAAUAUUUUGAUAUUGAUAAAUUUUUGGAUAAUUUACAUAAAUAUCAAAUUGAAUAUGAAGUUUUUCGAGAAAGCUGGCGUUAUAUAUUAUUAUUAGAUCGAAAUGCUAAAACUGGUCCAUUUACAAUGGAUUUAAUUGAACCUCAUAUUGCUUUAACACAUGAUAGAAUUGAUUUAGAUGUUAGUAAUCUAUCAUUAGAUAAAAAUUAUACAAAAGAAUUAGGAAUGAGAGUUGAUAUAACAAUUAAACCAUAUUCAAUUGAAUUAGAAACCAUUGUUGAUAAUAUUAAAAAUAAACGUUUUCAAGUUUUACGUCCAAUUGAUAAAUAUGUUCAAAUUCGUAUUGACAAAAUGCAAAAUCGAGGUUGGACACAACUUGGACAACCAAUGAAUGUUAUUCCAGAUCCACCAUCGAAAUAUCAAAUUGUUGUUGUUCCUUUACCAGAAUCAACUGCAUUAUAUAAAAAUUUAGUUCAACUAAUGAAAAGUAAUAUUGGUAAUCAAGUAGAAGUAUUAUUCAUUGAUCAAAUUAAAAAUCUUCUAUUAGAAGAUGCUUAUUUAGCAAUAAAACAAUUAAUUGCUAAACAAUGUACAGGGUAUAAUCCAAAUGAACGUGAGUUAUUUCAUGGAACAAAAGGUGAAGGAAUUGGUGGAAUAUUAAAUGAUGGAUCUGAUGAUCGAUAUUGCGGAACAAAAUUCCGAAUAGGAAAAUGGGGUCGUGGUGUUUAUUUUGCUGAUAAUCCAGGUGUUUCGCAUAGAUAUACUGAAGUCAAUUCCAACGAUCAGACACGUAUUAUGUAUUAUAAUAAAGUCCUAUUAGGCAAUGAAUCAAUACUUGAUGAACCAAAUAGUGAAUUGAUGCUUGCACCACCAGGUUUUCAUUCAACACAUGGAAAAUCUUCAGGUCAAGCAAAUGACGAUGAAUAUAUUGUAUAUCACGAUACACAAGUAUUGCCGUAUUUAAGAAUAACUUAUAAAGCAUAA